AUAACGAUAUGAAGUACCGAUAUAUAACUCAUUGGCCUGGCUUUUUAGUAAGCCUCCGUUUCUCUCCACAUGCUCAUCUGCAGAUUGGACUUUGGAUCAACUUACAACAUCGUACAAGUACUUAACGCACAUCCCCAAUAAAUGAACCUGCAAAGUUCAGUUUCGUAACGAGACGUCAAAAAUAUAUUGUUGCGUCCAGGCUCUCGUGAUGAAAGCUGUGAUCGCUAUCCCUGCGACGCUCGCCCUCGUUUACCGGGCGUAUUCGCACAAGUCGCUUACGCCGCUCGGCAUCUUGACUGCUGCGCUGACCGCUGCCGCCCAUGCUGUUCACCCUUGGAAUUUACCUUUCGUGCUUCUCUGCGUCUUUUUUCUAGCCGGGACUCGUGUCACCAAGAUAAAGGCAAAUGUCAAAUCAGGCCUUACGUUGCACUCGCGGGGAAGUGCUGGCGGCGAGGGCCCAAGAACGCACGUCCAAGUGCUCGCAAAUUCUCUAAUGGCCUCUAUCUUGACCCUUAUGCACGCCUACCAGCUCCGCGCGCGGCGAGAUACGGUAGUUACCCGUGGGGAGAUUCCGGAGGGCUCAUUCUGCUAUAAAUGGGGCGGAGAUAUAUUAGUUCUCGGCAUAAUCGCCAAUUAUGCCGCCGUUUGCGCCGAUACUUUCUCCUCCGAACUGGGCAUCUUAUCGCGCAGCUCCCCAAGAUUGAUCACGUCUUUCUCACUGCGAAAGGUUCCUCCUGGCACAAACGGAGGUGUCACAUUAUGGGGAUCAGUCGCUGGCCUCUUAGGGUCCAUGAUCAUCGUCGCUACAGCUCUAAUGUUUCUUCCCUUUUGCGGCGAGGAUACAAAGGGUAAGGUUGGCGGCGGCGAGAGCUGGACUACUGGCCAGAAAGCUACGCUGGCUUGGGCAUUAAGCCUAUGGGGUGCGCUGGGCAGUCUGUUGGAUAGCUUUCUUGGAGGUUGGUUCCAGAGGAGCGUCCGAGACGUGCGUUCGGGAAAAAUUGUCGAGGGCGAAGGCGGACUUCGCGUCUUGACGUCUCCAUCGGAUGCCGAACCUCAUGCUCGCCAGGAUACCGAACAGAACGUUACUACUAAUAUUAAGGCGAGCAUACUUCAUGGAGAAGGGGGUGACGCCGUCGAGAGCCGAUUGGUCCCUCCUGAAGCCAGCGUAGACGACUUAUCAAAGGAUCCUUACGACCCAAAAGAUAGACAUCGGGGUUCUCAUUUUGGCGACCGGAAGCCCACCCGAGUGGCUGAAAGCGGAUUUGAUUUGCUAGAUAAUAAUGACGUUAACUUCUUAAUGGCCUUUACAAUGAGUGUCGGUGCAAUCGUGCUCGCUGGUUGGUAUUGGCAGGUACCUCUGGACGAUAUCCUGAAGUCCUGAAUGCACAGGAAAAGAGAGAGUUUCUUGAUGGUGGAUUUACGUUGGCUAAUAGUUGAAUUCGUUCCAGACUAGGUACCUAAUCAAUUCUCAUUUUGACAUGAAUAUGACGAUGCCACGUAUUUAUCCACAUCAUUGCAAGGCCAUAAAAGUCUCCAGUAACUUUGGAUAGUU